AUGGCGUCCUCAGGCUCGACUCCCCUUCCUCCAAGCCAACCCUCGUCGGUUCCUCCGCUCGCCGCGCUCGCGCUCCCGCAUCUCACCGCCGCGGGCCUCUCCCAACAGCGCUCCGAGCCGUUCCUCCGUGCCCUCAACGCCGUAGUCCAGUCCUGCGCAGCAAACGGCCUCUCAAUUCCCGCCACGUGGCAGCACGUGGCGUGUUCGCUGCUGCGGCCCGACGUGCCGUUCCCCGUGCACGAGCUGCUCUACUCGUCGGCCUUCGCCACGUGGCGCGAGCGCGCGCUCGGACCGCCCCCAGUGUGGACGCCGACGUGGGAGGAGGCGCGGCAAACCAAUUUAGGCCGCCUGCUGGGCAGCAGCAAGGGCAGGAAGCUUCUUGGAAAGGCGCCUCACGAGCCUCUGGACCUGCCGGGUAACUUCUUGCAGCUGCAGCGACUGUCGUACGACCGGCCAGAGCUGUACUGGCCAAUCGUUCUCCGCCACCUGGGCAUCAUCUUCCGCAAACCCCCUCAGAAGAUCUUCUCCCUGCCCGAGGAUCCCAAGGAACGUUUGCAGCUGCCCGGAGGGCGCUGGUUGGUCGGGGCAGAGCUGAACAUUGCAGAGAGUUGCUUGGGCGGUUUUGGCAGAAGGGGGAGAGGGAAUGGGGGGGAGAGUGUGGGGGAAGCAAGGGGGGAGCGGGAGGGAGAGAGGGUGGCGGUGGUGUGGCGGGAUGAGUGGGAGGAGGGGGCACCUUCAUUUCCCCCCUUCUCCCAACACUAUCCUCUCACCCCGUCACCCCUCUCGCCCACUCAUAACAG